AUGGUUUCAACCGACAAAAAGAUUGUCUUCAUCACCGGCGGAAACCAGGGUGUUGGCUACGAGACAGCCAAAAACCUGCUACUCUCGUCUGCUGAUUACCAUGUAAUUCUGGGUAGUCGCGAUGCCGGCAGAGGCGAAACGGCUGCAAAGGAGUUGCGGUCCGCAGAAGGAGCCAAAGGCAGCGCAUCCUCAGUGCAGAUAGAUGUGACUGAUGACAAGUCCAUUCAAGCGGCAGCGGAUCGCAUCGAGUCCGACUACGGAAGGCUGGACGUCCUCGUCAACAAUGCCGGCAUCAUUUCUAUGGCGAGCCCGCCUAGCACCGCCGCCUUUCGGAAAGUGCUGGACACGAACGUCAUUGGAGCUCUAGGCGUAACUGAGGCGCUGCUGCCCCUUCUCAAGAAAGCUGCUCACACGCCUGCGCGCCUUGUUUUCGUGAGCUCCAGUAUGGGAUCCAUCACACAUGCCGCCGACCCUUCCUCUCCUUACUACAACCCCCACGGCACCGAGUACAGAGUCAGCAAGGCGGCAGUCAACAUGCUGCUGACCAUGUACGCUGCUCGACUGAAGCCCGAAGGAUUCCUCGUUCUCGGUGCCGAUCCGGGGUUGUGCGCCACCAACUUCACCGGAGACCCUACUUCUUUGAGGAACAGGGGUGCUGCGGAGCCAUCCGACGGGGGUGAACGCGUCGCUACGGUUAUCAAGGGUGAGAAGGAUGAAAAUGCUGGUCGCGUUGUUGGAGUCUAUGGUGUCUGUCCUUGGUAG